AUGGCCGGAGCCAGCGACUGGUUUAGCAUCGGCAGCACGGUGCUCUGUAAAACCUGCCAUGAGAAGGAGAUAGAGGGUGAGGUGUUGGCGUUCGAUCCACAGACCAAAAUGCUGAUACUAAAAUCUCCAUCGUCAAGUGGGAGACCCUCAUUAAAUGAUAUACAUAUAGUAAAUUUAUCCCUUGUGUCCAACGUUCAAGUGACACGAGAAGUUAGUCCUACUACCAGUGAACCACCACAGAGCCUUAAUUUACAAAGGCUAAACACGAGAGUCCGUAAUCAGAUCGAUGAGAAGAGGAGACUGGUAAUGGCUCUGCAGGCCGGAGUAUCUCCAGAGGGACAGAAGCUCUUUAUUGCUAUUUCAAAAACUAUUCAAGAUAUUACGUGGAAUGGAGCUAAUAUUGUUGUAUUUAAUAAUGUCACUAUUAGACCGCCGUACAAAGUGGACAAUGUUCAUGGAAAUACAGAAUCUGGUGCAUAUAGACAUGUAAAAAAAGUGGUUGAGAAACAUAUUAAGGAUACAUUACAAGCGCAGCAACAACGGGAUCAACAACAACAGCAAACACAAAAGGGCGGUGAACUGCAAUAAGAGUCCAACAAGGCACUAUGUCAUCAAGAUCGCUAUAGCAUAUUUUUGAAGAAGUCCCAAUAUUUGACAAGAAAUAAGAAAAGGAAGAUUUAACAGGAUACCAAACAAAAUAGCCCGACUGCAGAAUAAUUUAGAUAAGCCUAUCGUGGAUAAUCGGCAUUUUCGAGCAAGCUCCAGUCGUUCGUUCAAAUGGAGAAAAACA